AUGCCGAAGACCGCGGCCGCGGCGGCUGCCAAGGCGACCAUGGCCCCGGUGCCCUCUGCGCGGAGGCAGCCGGUGAUCCUGAAGCAGCCCACGCAGCCGCGGGCCCGGUGUGCGGAGAUGGCCGGGGGCACGGCGGCGGACUGCUUGGCGGUGUGCUGCUGCCCCCCCCUCGCGCUGGUGAACCUCCUGGUGGUGGCGUCGGUGCGGCUGCCGGCCGGGCUCUGCCGCCGGGCAGCGCGGGCGCGGGCGAGACGGAAGGAGAGGAUCAGGAGGCGGAAGGAGGCGGCGCUGUUGGCUCACAAGGCCGGCCGAGGAGGAGAAAGGGCGAGUUCGGCCACGACCGCCGAGGGGGAGUCGAACGGUGAGGGUUUUCGUGGGUCUGGGUCGGCGUCGGCGGCGGGGGGGCCGUCACGGGAGGAGGUGGCGGAGAUGGAGAACAUGUGGACUCAGUUCUCCAACAUGGGCUUCUGGCGAAGCCCGUCUGAAAGAGAGGAUCGACGCUAA